CGGGAGGGGUUCGUGUCUGUUGGGGGAACCGGUUCCUGGGGAACAGUCCCUUUCAGGGCGGCCACAGUGGUCAGGCCGCCAUCCGCCCUCCCUGGUGACGCCGACCAAGGGGCGCGAGUGGCGACGUGCUGUGCGUUGCGGUUCGGUGUGCCUGGCACCCCUGGCUUUGCGGCUCAGGAGCCCCGGGCUGCGCGGUUGGCCGCGCCCCGCAGCGCCCCGGGGGCCGAGCAUCAGCGGACAGCGCUGCAGCAGCAGGCUGUGGCUUGCUAGGCAAUGCGUCGCCACAGCUCGAAGAGUGGAGUCGCACUGCCUCCAGUGGGCCAAGGUCCUGAUGCUUGUCAGAUGCUCACCCGAGCUCAGCUUGGCCAGGAUCCCCCACAGAGAACCGUGCUAGGAGUGUUGACUGAAAAUGAGCAGUACAGGAGGGCCUGUGGCCAGGAGAUCGCAACGAUCAGAUGUUUUUCUGGAUCAGAAAAUGUCUUCCCUGCAGCUGGAAAGAAAGUACUCCCUGACAACGGGGUCAGUGAGCCAGCCAAGCAUGGAUUUGAUAUCUACAUGGAUGAUCCUGAACAGGGGGACAGAGACAGCUGCCCAGGGAGAGAGGGCAUAGUGUUUGAGGAUGUGUAUGAAGUAGACACCAGCAUGCUCAAGUCAGAUCUCCACUUCCUGCUGGAUUUCAACACAGUUUCCCCAAUGCUGGUUGACUCCACCGCCCAUGCCCAGUCGGAGGAAGCAACGGAUUUUGGUUCAGAUGUGAUCAACGUAACGGAAUAUGCAGAGGAGAUUCAUCGAUACCUUCGAGAAGCUGAAGUAAGACACAGACCCAAGGCUCACUACAUGAGGAAGCAGCCGGACAUCACGGAGGGCAUGCGCGCCAUCCUGGUGGACUGGCUGGUGGAGGUUGGGGAAGAAUAUAAACUCCGCACAGAGACCCUGUACUUGGCUGUCAACUUCCUGGACAGGUUUCUUUCCUGCAUGUCUGUUCUGAGAGGGAAAUUGCAGCUUGUCGGGACAGCAGCUAUUCUCCUGGCUUCGAAAUACGAAGAGAUAUACCCGCCCGAUGUCGAUGAGUUUGUCUACAUCACUGACGACACGUACACAAAGCGACAGCUACUGAGGAUGGAGCAUCUGCUGCUGAAAGUCCUGGCAUUCGAUCUGACCGUUCCAACCACCAACCAGUUCCUCCUUCAGUACUUAAGGCGGCAAGGGGUGUGCAUCAGGACUGAGAAUUUGGCCAAGUAUGUUGCAGAACUGAGCCUUCUGGAAGCUGACCCAUUCUUGAAGUAUCUUCCUUCCUUGGUAGCAGCAGCAGCUUACUGUCUGGCAAACUAUAUUGUGAACAGACACUUCUGGCCAGAAACACUUGCUGCAUUUACGGGCUAUUCAUUAAAUGAGAUUGUGCCUUGCCUGAGUGAGCUGCAUAAAGCAUGCCUCAGUAUACCCCAUCGACCGCAGCAAGCAAUCAGGGAGAAGUACAAGGCUUCGAAGUACCUGCACGUGUCCCUCAUGGAGCCACCCGUAGUUCUUCCCCUGCAGUGAACGGGUCAGCUCAACAGCCACACCAGCAGGCUUACUCUGACCUGUUACAGUUUUCUGCGGGUCGGGCCAACUAAUGUCAGUUGUAGAUGUCACCUUCAACAUAUGAGUGUUAGGUUCUUUUAGACGUCGGUAGUUUAUAAUUUAUAUAGAUAUAGACAGGUAUUUUAAAAGAAUAAACAACUUGCUGUGU